AGAGAUGACUGCAGACACAUCUCUUAGCAAUAAUUAGAACCAGGAGGUUUUCUGAAGGAGAGACCGAGGACAAAGGAUGAAAAGGGACGUUUAGGGGGAUGAUUGGGCUAAGUGGACUUUUCCUACUCGCAGUCCUCUCUCUCUUCGUUAUACAGUUUCUGAAGCUGCUAUGGGCGCGGACUCACUUCCCCCCAGGACCGACGCCUCUUCCCGUUAUUGGCAAUCUGUGGCUCCUGGAUUUUUCCCUUAAGAAAGAGAUUCUUGCUAAGGUAAUUAUUGGCAGUGGCUGGUGGGCAGGUAGGGGGAGGGGGACAAAGGCAUGGUGCCCGGGGUCAGGAUAACGUGGGUCAUUUGCCCAGAGCUUACUUAAGCAUUGUUUUGAUCAUUACUGUGAUAUUGGCUGAGCCCCCAGAGGACAUCUGGGGAGAGACUAGAGACAGUCAAACCUGUCCAUUUUGGUUUCUCUGUUUUCUGAUAUUAAGUUCAGAUUUCCACAUUUCUGUAUCAGCAUGCUAUUUUUUAAAAGUCCUUGUGAAAGACCUCUCCAGCAUUUUUCUGCAAAAAUUUCCUAAUAGACACACGUUUGCAAGCAAUUUCCCCUAAUGUAAUGCAUUCUUGUAUGUUAUAUCCACUAAUGUAUGUAAUGCAUCUCGAUGCACACUUUCCCCAAAUAUGCACAUUUCUGGGUCACAUUAUUUGACUGGGGAACCACACUGCAAAACUGAGAGAAGUGCAAAUUUCAAAGGAUAACUGUUUCGGUUCACGUCAUGGUUUCAUGAAGUGUGUUUUCAGGAGUUUCAUAUUAACGAGGGAACGGAAGCAAAUUUCUUCCCCACCUCAAGGAGGGUUGGACUAGAUCAGGUCAGCAAAGUGUGUUUAGAACAAAGUUAGUGACCUUCAAACUGGGGAAAACAAAGAUAAUUAAGAAGAGGAAACAGAAAGAGAAGAUUGCAAAACCUCUUACCUAUUUUAUUGGUGCCUCGUGUUUCUAUCCAAAUUCACUAUUUUCUUUUAACCCAGCAAAGUUGAAUUAGAAACCCUUCAUCUCCCAAAAGAAAAGAAAAUAAAUUAUCUGGGGUCCCUUGAUUUUUAUUUUCUGUAAAAAAAAAUAAUUUUUUUAAAAAAAGUUACAGGGACCCUGGAGAGCCACUGGCAGUCAGUGUAGACAAUGCUGAGGUAGAUGGACUAUUGGUCUGACUCAGUAGAAGGCAGUUUCCUAUGCUCCUCUCCUAGUAGGUUCCCAGCUGACUGUUGUAUGGCAGGGGGAGAGAUGUUUUGCCCUCCCCAGAAGGCACCAUGAGUCAGAAGGUUAUUUAAAAAGCAACUUGUUUACCGAGACGCUCUCAAGUUGGUUAAGUAGUCUUUCCAAAGGCAAAGAAGUCUUCUGUCUGGAAGAAAAGGACUCCCCAGGAAGGAGAGAUGGUAAUCUCCACACUCAUUUUCUGGCUGCUGCUUUAGUGCCCUGCAGGCAUAUAUAUCAUAGUCCAGUUUGGGUGCAAUGCUCAACCAUAGUUUUAGCGCUAUGCACAUGGUCAGCAUUGCGCCUCAGGCUGGAGUGCUCUCCCUAAUGGUGGGUGGGCUGGGCCCACGUCAAUUUGCACGCAUUUGCAAAUUGCAAAUUCAUUUGUAAGUCUGUAUAUGUGUGCACACAAAGAAUACAAAGAGGCGAAACUUCUCAGAAGUGCCAACCAAAAAAAAAGGUUGAUUACAGCUCAAUACAUUCCAGAACACUGGUUCCUCCUUUAGGAGCAAUUGUAAACGUUCAAAUUGUGCCUUUACGACCUUGUGUUUUGGACCACGAUUCCCAUCAGCCACAGGCAGCACAGUCGCCAAAGUCGCACUGCAGUUCACCAGGAGACUUUGCGAGGCAAGACUUUUGGGAAGCCCUAUGCAAGGUGUCUCCCCGUAUUGCCGGGCAGCAGCCUGUGGGCAGCCAGCCUGAUCUGGUCUUCUGAAUGCCAGCAGUCAUGGAGAACCUGGCAGGGCAGAUGCCAGCACCCGAGGCUCUCUCUAAAAGUACUGCAGUUCUUGAGGGAGAAGGCCCACCAUUGGUGCUCCAUGACUCAGCAAGGAGCCAGCUGUGGCACACCCAACCAAGCAGGAUACUGGCUUGGUCCUGGAGUGCCCAACCAGAUAGCUGCCAGCAUCAGGGACCAGAGCAGAAGUAGCUGCCAGGAAGGGCAGGCCUGCUCCAGGGUUGUGGUCAUGUGGCAGCAGAGCCUGGGCAGCUGGGAUGGGAUAUGCCCAUUUCACAGAAGGCCAAUAUGCCUCAUGGUAGGGCUGGCACCCCUUCGUCUAGCUGCUACUUCUCCACUCCAUGUUGUACAUACUAGCUGCUCCCAAUCUUGUUUACACAUUGCACUGCAGACAAGUAGAAGUUGUUACCACAUACGUACAUGAGUUUGUGUGGUUAGAGCAUGGUCUGAUAAUGCCAAAGUCUCAGAGUUGAUCCCCCUAUGGGACAGCUGCAUAUUCCUGCAUUGCAGGGGAUUGCAGAUGAUCCUCAGGGUCCCUUCCAACUCUAUGGUUCUGAGGCUCAACUAUAGCAACCAACUAGACGACUGUACAGCUCAAAUAUUUGUGCACAAGGUACAUAGAUUGUACCUUCAUUGAACGUUGCAUGUGAACAACCCUGCAGUGAUUUGGGGUUAAAGGACUUCAGGUUCCUGACCUCCGUAAUCUUUGUAACAGUCCUCUAAGGCAGGUCAGUGUCCAUAAGAAAGUAGUCUCCAAAAAUUUUCACGGUCAAGGCAAAAUCUGAACUCAGAGCUUUGUGGUUCACAGAACUGCAUAAUUCCCAGACCCCAAUCCUUUACUGAUCCCUUGCUAAAAUAAAAAUGCCAGAAAAAUGCCAGAAAAUCUCCUUUCAGCUCACUUCUUCAGCUGUGGUUUUAACCAAUUUUUAACCACACUGUGCAUAGCUAAACUAUGGAACUCCUUGCCACAGGAGGCAGUGAUGGUCACCAACCUGUGUGGCUUUAAAAGAGGACUGGGCAAAUUCAUGGAGGAGGAGAGGGCUAUCAGUGGCUGCUAGCCAGGAUGGCUAUGCUCUGCCUCCACGUCUGGAGACUGUACUGUUUCUGAACAGCAGCCGCUGGAAACGGCAGGAGGGGAGAGUUGCUCUUGUGUUUCUGGGUUUCUUGUGGGCAUCUGGUUGGCCAUUGUGAGAAGAGGACGCCGGACUAGUUGGGCCAUUGGCCUGAUCCAGGAGGGACCGUCUUAUAUUCUUGCUUUUUUAAAAAAAUAAAAAUGAUAAUGAACUUUCUAGUUAGCAAACAUCUAUGGAGACAUCUACACCAUCUGGGCGGGAACCAUGCCUUUUGUCGUGCUGAAUGGAUACAAGGCAGUGAAAGAGUGCCUUGUCACUCACUCGGAAGAGACUGCGGGAAGAGCGCUCUCACCUUUCUAUAAGGAUCUGAUGGGCGAAAAAGGUAAACACCAAUAUUAUUCUUUUCUUGGAAAUUAGACUAAAGCAGAUCUUUGGUGUCCUUCGGAUGCCUUGAACAAACAGGUGACAAGAAGAAAUUUGGUAAACUCCUGGCACAGAGAUACUGCAGAGCUGCAACUCUUUAAAUUCUUCCUGCCAACUGAGGUCCAAUUUCAGUUUUUGACAUCACCCCAUCUCUUUCUUAGUAUCCAAGAGAUAGAUAGAUAGAUAGAUAGAUAGAUAGAUAGAUAGAUAGAUAUAGAUAGAUAGAUAGAGUGGUACCUCGGGUUACAUACAGUUCAGGUUACAUACGCUUCAGGUUACAGACUCCGCUAACCCAGAAAUAGUGCUUCAGGUUAAGAACUUUGCUUCAGGAUGAGAACAGAAAUUGUGCUCCAGCAGUGCAGCAGCAGCAGGAGGCCCCAUUAGCUAAAGUGGUGCUUCAGGUUAAGAACAGUUUCAGGUUAAGAAUAGACCUCCGGAACAAAUUAAGUACUUAACCCAAGGUACCAGUGUAGAUAGAUAGAUAGAUAGAUAGAGAGAUAGAGAGAUAGAUAGAUGAUAGAUAGAUAGAUAGAUAGAUAGAUAGAUAGAUAGAUAGAUAUAAAUAUAUCUAUAUAUAUAUAUAUCAGAAAUAUGGAAUCCUGUUUCAGGGAUAUUAAAAUAAACUGUUUUCUUUAACACUUUUAUGAAUAGAAUAGAUGUUAACCUUUACAGGUUUGAGCACUAUCUGUGCAGAGUAUUUAUUAUAAACACACACAUACAAUGCUAUUUUUCUAGAAAAAAAGAAGUGCCAGAAGUCACCAUGAACACUUCCCUUGUUCUCUUCGAAUGGCAAUGGAGAGGUGCCAGAACUGAGCUGCCAUGUAGCAUUACAAAGAAUCUGUCAUUCACAUUUCUUUGUGACUGCCUAAUAACUUAAUUGUCACAGUCUGUACCUUCUGCAAUGCAUUUCCCUCUGACCUCACUGCUUCCCAUCCUGCCAGUAGCUGAGGAUAUCACUUUGUGCAUCUUACGAAGUGGACUGUGGUCUAGAAAGCUCACACUGGCCUUUGUCAACCUGGUUCUCCCCAGAUGUUUUGGAUGACAACUCCCACCAGCCCAUCCAAGCCACCUGGAGAGCCCCAGGUUAGCAAAGACUGGCUUGUGCCAUAGUUAAUUUGCCAGCCUUCAAGGCGUAUCUUUAUCUGUUUAGCCACAAUGGAUAAAUGCAAUUGAAAGAUUCUGUCAUUGCCAACAUUAUUGUGGAGGGCAAAAGAUAUAUUCGCCCGUCGUGUUACAGCUGCACUGCUUGACACAGGAAAAGGAUUUUCUUUUGUGUGACACAGGCAUUUAUCCUACGAACAACCAUAACUGGAAGCAGCAGAAAUACUUUGCUAUGAUGGCACUAAGAAGCCUUGGGGUGGGGAAGAAGCACCUGGAACACAGAAUUCACAACGAAGCCCACCAACUCCUAAUGGCAGUGACAAGCAAGGAAGGUAAACUCACAACCAGGCAGCUUUCAGUUUUUCAUUAUGAUAGCCCUCUCCACACGACACAUGAUCUGGGGUUCCUUGUUGCAAUGGCACUCGGAAGACAUCUGUGCAGAAAUGAAAGGGUCCAGCCCCAUCCCUCUGGAAUUCAUCUGACGGCUGAUGCACUUGCCAAAAUAACUGGUUAUCUUGCAAAGUGGUGGACACAGCUUCCUUGCAGCACUUGCCCUGCACAGCAGCUGUUUCCAAGUGAUUCAAUUGUCUUUUAAUUUGGGAUGAGAUAAGUCCCUGCCCAAUACCUUGAGCAGGUUUGUUUUGUGGCUGUGAACUCAUCUUCUGCCAGUUCUGCCACAUAUGAAUUCAAAGCAGAGUGUGGACAAAAUGAAACAAACGAGGUUUGCUACAAGAGAGAGGGCCUUUUCAGUGUUGGCACCCCAGAGGUGUCUGCCUAGUGCCAACAUGACAAUCUUUUUAGGUGCCCGGUGAAGGCGUUUCCGGUUGUAAAUGUUUUUUACUGCAUUUAAAAAAGAAACUUUAUAAUUUUAAAAAAAUAAAUGCAAAAUACAAACAACAUUGAACAUAUUGAUACAAAGGGUGGUGGGGGAAACUAGAAUAUAUUAGCGGGAGGGGAAGAAAAAGGAAAAGAAUACCCUACAUUAAUUCAUUGAUGAUGGUGUGUGAUUGUGUGUACCAUGCCACUAAUACUUCCUGCAUUCACAGGUUUAGCCUUUGACCCCCGGACCCCCAUAAACCACGCUGUGGCCAACGUCAUCUGCUCUUUGCUGUUUGGGCAUCGCUUCGCCAGUGAGGACGACUCUUUCAACCGACUGAUAAAAGCCACCUAUUUGAUCGUCUUCAUUCCGGCUUCUUUCAGGGGUGGGGUGAGCUUCCUUCUAUUCCUGCUCUUGUCCUCUUGAAAGCCGUUUUCCGUUACGCUUCCUCAAAUUAAGUGAAAACAGGGACCUUUCCGCUCAGGGUCCUUGUGUUCUCACCCCACACAGUGCAUGCUGCAAAACUCCACCUGUUUUCUGUGUCUGGCACGACCAGCUGCUGCCUUCCUUUUUAUUCUUUUGCAAGAUCAAUCUGCAUGCUUUGCAGAAACAUUGCAUUCUUCUGAGAAAUGGCCGGCCUCCCCUUUCCAGCACAUUAAGGUUAUCUCAGAGCCGUUUUUUGGCUCACUCGGAAUUAAUUUCACGACACUCCUCCUCACCUGCAUUUUCCUUUGUUGCCACAGGUAUAUAAUGUUUUCCCGUGGAUUAUGCGCCGCCUACAAGGGUCGCAUCAACAAGCGUUUGAAUACAACAACUUCCUCCAUGCCCUUGUGAAGGACGAGGUCCAAAGCCACCAGGAACGAUGGAAAGAAGGUCAAGAACCAGAGGAUCUCAUUGACCUCUACCUGGACCAAAUGGCAAAGGUAAGAACACGGCUUCUGUCCAGCUUCAGCACCAUGCCUGUCCUCCUGAGGCAAAGCGGCCUUGGCCAGGGCUCAGCAGGGCUACUGAGAACAAGCCGGGCUCUGAUGUUGCUUCACCCACAGCCAGCCAGCUUUAGGGCACAUUUAAAGCACUAUCUGAAGAAGUGUGCAUGCACACAAAAGCUUAUACCCAGAACAAACUUAGUUGGUCUCUAAGGUGCUACUGGACAAUUUUUUAAUUUUUAUUUAUUUAUUUAAAGCACUGUGAUGCUGCUUUAAGCAGCCGCAGAUUCCCCCAAAGAAUUCUGGGAGCUGUGGUUUGUUAAGGGUCCUGACAGUCGCUCGGAGGCCCCAAUUCCCUUCACAGAACUUCAAUUCCCAGAAUUCGCUGGAAAUUAGGGGUGGAAUCCCUACUACAGUGGUACCUCGGGUUAAGAACUUAAUACAUUCUGGAGGUCCAUUCUUAACCUAAAACUGUUCUUAACCUGAGGUACCACUUUAGAUAAUGGGGCCUCCUGCUGCCACCGCGCCACCGCCACGUGAUUUCUGUUCUCACCCUGAAGCAAAGUUCUUAACCCGAGGUACUAUUUCUGGGUUAGCGGAGUCUGUAACCUGAAGCGUCUGUAACCCGAGGUACCACUGUACUCUGGAAAUCAUGCUAGCAAGGCCCAUGAAGACCCCGACUGAAGUUGAAUGGGCCCUAAAUGUAGCACCUCCAUAUUGAUGAAUUGCAUUUAUAUGCCACUCACAGAACGUCAGAAGUCCUCUGGGCGGUUUAAAACUCAGUGCCAAAUACAGUCCAGAGUCCAAAACAAUUAAACUAGUUAGCAACAAUAGAAAGCAGCCGAAGUCAAACUAUCUACAAACAGGGCUGGUCCAUAUGAGGCAAGAUGAAGCGAUUGCCUCAGGUGGGACGAUCCACAGUGGCAGCAGAUCCAGCCUUCAAGGGAUGCCUCACUUGUAGCAACAGCUGCGGGACACUCCUUGGAGGCCGGAUCUGCCUUUCCCACAGCAGCACCCCCCUCGCAAUACCACCUCAACAGCAGCCUCUUGGUGAAUAGGAGGGUCUGCUGGUCUCCUUCCUCCCCUAGGAAGGAAAUGGCAGGGGCUGCCUCAGGGGUCUCCUGGGGGCUGCACCCACCUGGCAUGGGUGGGCCCCUUUCUCCCACACAACGGCCUUUGAUUCCUAGUUCAACCAUCGGGUCAGAUUGAUUUGAUUCUGCCCCCUGUGUGUCUGAUGUGGAUCUUCACUCCCUGUUCUUUCCUGGUGGGGAAGCCCUGCCAUUUUGUGGUUCACCACAGGGGCCAAAAUGUCUUUGAGCCAGCCUAAGCACAGCAGAGGUAAAAUCAAUUUUGAAGCAGCAAAGAGAAAAAAAGUUGGCGCAAGAAUUUGAAAAUAUCCGAUAAAUAUAGCUUUGUGCUUACCCUUCCGAAUGUUGCUGCUCAUUAUUUGGAAGCCCCCCCCCCCAGUUUUCUGGGGGGCAGGGAUAGGCUGGGAGUGGGGUAUAAGUAUCUGCAGAGAAAAAGGAGCGUUUCAGGAGCCCUGGCUGCUCAGCAACUGAAUCUCUAGCAACUGAAUCUUUGACUCAUGACCUGGCUCUGCCUCCAAGCCUGGCUGGCCACAAAGGCCAAGGAAACUUCACAAGCAGCUCUUGUUGGAUAGGGAUCCACUAAGCUUUUGUGCAUUCUGCCCACAGAGCAAAGAUGAGCCAACGUCCACUUUCAAUGAAGACAACUUGGUUCAAACUGUAGUUGACCUCUUGAUUGGAGGGACCGUGAGCACCACGACUAUCCUGUACUGGGGUUUGCUUUACUUGUUAAAAUAUCCAGAUGUUCAAGGUGAGUCACUCAUCAUCAUCAUCAUCUGCAUCAUGUUAUUUGCAAUCUGCCUUCCCAUACUUAAAACCAUGCUCAAGGUGGCUUACAACAGGAAGAGGUUUACAUCUGAUGUGAGGAAAAGGCUUCAAGAAGUACGCAGCCCAAUUGGACAAUUUCCACAUUAAUCAUAACAUGAUCUAAAAUAAAGAUGUACAAAAAAAUUAAUAUCAAUAACAACAACAACCCCCACUGAACUCCCAGGCCCAAGGGUCUGUCCAGCAGCCUCAGCUUUUGUAGCUGGAGUCAAUCAGUCUGGGCUCCACCCUCCCUGGCCAAGUGUAAAAAGGCUUGCAGGUCUUCCAGGACUCACAGCCAAGGUUGAGGCCAUUGCAAAGUGUGUUGCUAAUGUUGAUUCAUGAACCGUGUUGCCCAGUCCAGAUGCAACCAUGUGCAAGACUGUGCAUGCGACCCAGGAACAUCAGCUGGGGAUGAGCGUCCACAACUGUGUUGCAAUGAGAAUGGGAAUACCCAUGUCGCGUACUCAGAAUGGUAUAAGAGGUCAUUGUUUUAUGGUCCAACUUGUUUUUGCCAAAUGCAGGGCAGAAUGGAAUACGGUGCCUUCUUACCAGUGGUGUGGUGUAGCCAGUGUGGUGUAGUGGUUAAGAGUGGUAGACUCGUAAUCUGGUGAACUGGGUUUGAUUCCCCGCUCCUCCACAUGCAGCUGCUGGGUGACCUUGGGCCAGUCACACUUCUCUGAAGUCUCUCAGCCCCACUCACCUCACAGAGUGUUUGUUGUGGGGGAGGAAGGGAAAGGAGAAUGUUAGCCGCUUUGAGACUCCUUCGGGUAGUGAUACAGCGGGAUAUCAAAUCCAAACUCUUCUUCUUACAUCCCUAGCCAAAGCUGCACAUUGCAUGAAAUGUGUGAUCCCAUUGAACGUGUCUGGAUUUGGGGUUAAAACAGCACAAGUUGUAGAGCAGGAGUUCCAUAAACUCUUUUUCUCUGUCCCCAACCUGACCCUGUAAAAACAUGAUUCAGAAUAGCGGUUUGCACAACACAGCAACAUUCAAAGCAGUAACAGUUCACUGCACAUUUAGUCCAAAUCCAAUGAAAAUUGUUUAGUUUAGUUCAUUUGACAAAAUUGAUUAACUUGGUCCAGCACCCUUCUGUUGCCCCCUGGCCUCUUAAUGCCCCCCUAGGUAACCCCGCCCACUCCCAGUGGGUGGUACCACCCACACUGGGUCCCUCUGAUGCAGAGCAUGAUUAAGAGCAAGACUAAGUUCCCCCCCCCCUGCGUUCCUGCCAUAAACCACCGCUGCCCAAGCCACUGUUGCAUUGGAAUGGGACUCAGCUACUGGGGUCAGCAGCAACUUCAAGGGGGCAGGUUUUUUCCAGGACCAUGGACAGAGGAGGAGGAAAAUCAGCUUCCCACUUGCCAGAGUUUCAAUCCUGACUAGGCCCACCCGCUGCUGUUUAAAACAAAACAAGAAACACACCCAGGGACAUUCAAUACAAUGCAAGGCCCCCAUAGAGAAAACACCCAUAAGUAGAGGGUCGGUAAUACUUUUAUGAUGCUGUUGCAUUACAAUUAAUAUAGUUUUAAAUGCUGUAUUUUGCCAUGGAAAGAUUUUGUUUCGAACAGCAAUUUAAAAAAUAAUUGAAUGCAUUCAACAAAUAGACUAGCUAAUAAUGACUGUAGAAUAACAAAAUUGCACAAUUCAGUCGACUACAUGUGUGAAACUCCUAAAAUUACAAAGCAAGCUGACAAUGGUGCAAUCCCAGAUUAAAGAGCAGUGAGAAUUGAGUCAGACUUGCAAAGCAUUUUGCAAAAUAUCAAGAGAGUUGGAGGAAGGGUGUGAAUCUCCUGUAACAGGAGCCAAAUGAACAGGUCUAGGCAGAACCUUGAAGAGUUGGGUCUCACUUCCUGCUGAACCGCCGCAGGCAGAAAGUCAACCAGUGUAGCUUCCCUGUCGAUGUGUUUUCUUACCCAGAAAACUGCACCGGGGGAAAUUCUGCCUGCCAUGCGGCUGUGAAAGAAAUAGGAGAGCUUGAGGGUAAAAAAGCGGGGUGACCACAGCAUAUCGGUAUGGCCUGGGGCAGUAUGUUCUACAGCCUUGCAUUAACUUACAAGGCACAUUAACAACUUAGGGUCAGGAUACCCCAAGGACCACAAACUCACUAUAUCGCUGCCUGAUCACUGAGGUCUGUGGCAGAGUGAGUGGCCCUCUGUGGCUCACAGCUACAGCUUGCAACUAUCAGGAGCUGUACGUUCAGCAUUGUGGGCCCAAUCCUGUGGAGCUCUCCAAAGGCUGAGAUCAGAGAGGCCCCUCUCUGUUGAAGUUCAGGUGUUUUUUAUUCCAACAGGCAUUUCUGCUUUUAGGGUGAAUUUUAACUGGCUUUGUAUUUUGUAAUUCAGUUUGUGGAAUUCAGUUUAGUGCUAAGAGGCUCAUAUUGAGCAAUGGAAUGUUCUCCUCCUGCCAGGCACCUUCAGGCACAUUCCAGGGGUGUGUGAAUCAAUAUAUAACUUGUUGAAAUAAAGGAAUCAACCUUAUGACGGCCCAUUUUCCAUAUGCCUCAAGUCCAAAGGGUCCAGGGCAGAAAUGGGGAACCUGCAGCCCCUCCAGAUGUUGCUGAACUACAAUUCCUUUCAGCACCAGCCAGCACGGCCAAUGGCCAGGAAUCAUGGGAGUUGUAGUCCAGGACCAUCUGGAGGUCCACAGGUCCUCCACCCUUAAAAAUAAAAUUUUAAAAAAUGAAAAAUGAAAGACGGAGAGUUUCUUCACAUGUGGUGGACAUGUAAAAAAAUGAAAAAAAAAUGGGAUAUGAUUUAUAACAAAUUGAAAAAACUGUUUAAAUAUACCUUCCCCCCCAAAAACAGAAGCCUUUUUGCUGGGAUUGAUAGGAGACGAAUUAAGAAAAGCAGAUCAGAGACUGUUUAUGUAUGCUACGACUGCCGCCAGAAUCUUAGUAGCCCAAAAAUGGAAAACUCAGGAAAUACCAACACUAGUGGAGUGGCAGACAAAAAUGGUUGAAUACCGGUAUGUAGAAUUAGCAAAACUGACCCACAGGAUCCGUAACCAAGAGGAAACAAAGUUCAAAAAUGAAUGGAGUAAAUUUGUCGAAUAUAUAGGUAAUAACUGUAGAAGUUUAAAGACUGUAGUAGGAUUAAAAUUAAUUUUGUGACGUGUAUAGAAUGCUAUUAAGAAUCUGCGAAAAAAGAGAAAAUUUAAUAUGAAAACCUGUUGAGCGGAGGAAGUCCAUGCACGAUAGUGUGUUUAGAAAAUAAGUAGAGAUAUGAUUGUGGAAUGUUAGAGUAUUUAUUUUGUUUAUGUUAAAGAAAACUCAAUAAAAAAUAAUAAUAAUAAAAUAAAAUAAAUCCACGAGAUGGUAUGAGGAAAUGAAGACUAACAAGUAAGAAGAAUUCUGCUGGAAUUAUUUAUCUGCAGAGAAAAUCCAUGAGGAAAUAGACGCCGUUCUGAGACCUUCCCACGUCAUCACUUACGAGGACCGGAUUAAAGUGCCCUACACCAAUGCUGUACUUCAUGAGGUGAUGCGCCAUUGCAAUGUGUCCAUCACUGGGCCUUUCCGGAAAUGCUUGGAGGACUUCACUUUGCUGGGCUUCCCCCUUAAAAAGGUACAAGAUGCUCCUUCCCCCAAAGGCAGCACAGGCGGAAAGGCGGGGUAUGAAUAAACAGAAAAUAAAUAUAAUAAUCAUUGUGACCAUUAUUGGCACCAGUCAGGAGCUGGGAUGCUUUGGGUUCCUCCAGGCAGCCUGUUUAUUUGAUUACAUGGAGGGCAGACAAGGCCCUGUCUUGCAAAAAGGUUUGCCCAUCAGUUGUUUCGCACGAUUUUGAAUCAUGUUUCUCAUUUGUUUUUAUUUUGCUUAUUUAUUUAUUUCAUAGAAUUCAUACACUGUUCGAUUUUUUUUUGAUUUUUUUUAAAGCAGUACAGUCAUACCUUGGAAGUUGAACGGAAAGCGAUCCGGAAGUCUGUUCGACUUCCAGAACAUUCAGAAACCAAAGCACGGCUUCUGAUUGGCUGCAGGAAGCUCCUGCAGCCAGUCAAAAGCCGUGGAGGCCCGGUCAGACGUUCAGCUACCAAAAAUCGUUCGAAAACCGGAACACUCACUUCUGGAUUUCAAUUGUUCGGGAGCCAAUUUGUUCAAGAUCCAAGAUACAAAAAGGAUAAAAUAGUAAUAUUAUCUCUAGAAAGAACUAACAAGGAUGUUCUGAUGGCAACAAUCAAUUUGCAAACUCAUCCGAAGUAAUUCUCUCCUUCUCCCUUUUGCGCAGGGGACCCUGGUGCUGCCCAACCUUCACUCGGCGCUGUAUGAUCCAGAGUACUGGGAGACCCCCUGGACCUUCAACCCGGGGCACUUCCUCGACUCGUUUGGCCGGUUUGCGAGCAAUAAAGCCUUCUUGCCUUUUUCAACAGGUAACGAACCCACUCCUUCUCCUUCCCAGGAUGCAGAUUUAAUGGUGAAAUCCCAUACCAUGGUGGUGAUGAUGAUGAUAAUUAAUUAUUAUUAUUAUUAUUAUUAUUAUUAUUAUUAUUAUUAUUAUUAUUAAUACCCCGCCCAUCUGGCUGGGUUUCUCCAGCUACUCUGGGUGGCUCCCAACAGAAAAUUAAAAGCACACUAAAACUUCAAACAUUAAAAACUUCCCUGAACAGGAAUGCCUUCAGAUGUCUUGUAAAAGUCAGGUGGUUGUUUAUUUCCUUGACAUCUGAUGGGAGGGCGAGCGCCACUACCAAGAAGGCCCUCUGCCUGGUUCUCUGUAACCGCGCAGUGAGGGAACCACCAGAAGGCCCUUGGAGGUGGACCUUAGUGUCCAGGCUGAAUGUUGGGGGUGGAGAUGCUCCUUCAGAUAUACAGGACCAAGGCCGUUUAGGGCUUUAAAGGUCAGCACCAACACUUUGAAUUGUGCUCAGAAACGUACUGGCAGCCAAUGUAGGCCUUUCAGGACAAGUGUUAUAUGGUCUCAGCGGCUUCCGAGUUAAACAGACCACCUUUGAUGAUAAUUGGGUAACAUCAAAUGAGCAUGACCAACACAGUAGGCAAGGGCUUGGAAUUGUGUCUUUCUUUCAUGGAAGCGAUUCUGUUCCUUCGAUUCUCCUGCAGGGCGCCGGUCCUGCGUGGGAGAACCUUUGGCAAGGAUUGAGCUUUUCAUCUUCUUCGCUAACCUGCUGCGUGCCUUCAAGUUCCACCUUCCAGACGCAGAAAAGGAAGUCAACAUGGAAGCCAUUAAUGUAGGUACCUGUCAGCCGCACCCGUAUAGGAUCCUCGCAAUUCCACGCUAACCCAACCUGGCUGCAAUUUCCUUCCAGGAGAGCUGGGUGGGCCAGAUGGGGAGCUGUUGGAAGAGCCCGUGUCAUCCAUUCUCAUUGCCAGCAGUGGCUCGCAAGCUUCUUAGAGCUGCCACCCUCAACCUUAGUUACCUGUUGCUCAGGUGAACUUCAGCUUGCACCAGGAGAAGCCUCCCGGAAAGAAUCAAUGAAUGGCCAUCUUCUCCCUCUCUCCAGGUGAGAGAUGGAGAAGUGGCUGAGAGAGAAAACCCAGGUGGGAGCUGGGAGGAAAGGCAGCCACAGGUGACAGGUGUGGCUUCCACCCAAGGCUUGCGGGUUAAUUGCAGCGAACUUUCUGGAAUAACAAUUCUGCACCUCCCCCAAUUCUUAUGCUGCCAUUUUAUUUCUUUGUUAGGCAUUCUUCUCUCUCCUGUUCAUUUUUAAGUGACUAAAUUAGGUUAGUUUAUUCGUAGUGUUUUAUACAACUCAGUAGGGAUUGGUUCCUUUGCAUUUAUUGACAGUAUUAAAUCUAAUUGUUCCUAGUAUGUCUCUUGAAAUGUUAUCCUGACUCUUUGGGAACCGUUUUGUGGAGAUCACACUUUGUGAACCCGACGGAAGUGGGCUGAGGUUCAUAAAAGCUUGUGCCAUAAUAAAUGUGUUUAUUAAGUG